CGAAAGCGCUUUGGGUGCGAAGGAGGCGUGACGCAAACAGGACACGAAGCACUGCUGGAUGAGAAAACCAAGGAUCCCAGAGGCUGGUAACUUGCUAAAGACCACACAGCCAAAAAAUGGCAGAAGCAGGACUGGAACUUGCCCACAGGAUGGAUACUGACUACCUGAAGAGGUGCUUUGGGAACUGCCUUGCCCAGGCACUGGCAGAGGUGGCGAAGGUUCGGCCCAGUGACCCCAUAGAGUACCUGGCUCACUGGCUUCUUCACUACAGGAAAAUCUCUAAAGCACAGGAAGAGGGCAGGCAGGAGAAGAUCCAGCUGAAGGAGGAAUAUGAUAAUAGCCUCAAGGAAACCCAAAUGACAGAAAUGCUGAAGCAAGAGGAGUAUCAGAUUCAGCAGGAGCAUGAAAAGUGUCACCAGCCACUGGUGCCUGCAGCUAUUUCCACAAAGGAGACCAUAUUCAUGCAGGAUAACACAAAAUCCCUUGAAAAUGAGGCGUGGAAGCAGGAAUGCCUGCCAGGUACCUCCAGUAAGAUUCCAGAAAUGCCUCAACAGAUUCCGUCUUCUGAUUCACCUGGCCAGACUGACUGGAGUGUCAAAACUCCACCAGAAAUAAAUUACUAGGCUUUUCAGCAUGAAGUUCUCCCGAGACGCAUCACGACUCCCAAUCUCCUUCUUAGGUUAUCAGCAGGUAGAUAAUUCUAACGAUGCUUCUCUCCAAGCUGCAAGCCGAGAACAUGGCCAUCCAGAGAGCUCUUACCUAAGAUGAAAAUAUGUGGGUUAAAUCCAGAUUUGAGGGGCUGUAUGCAGAUGGAGAUGCCUGAGGGACUCUCCAGUCCAAAUCCUUUUCUAUAGCCACGAACAUUCCUGAAUCAUGUGAAAAUGUGAACUAGUUAUAGGAUAAAAUAAACUCAUAAUAAUGAUUUAAAU